AUGCACCACCCCUGGAGCGGGGACGGGCAAGGAGGAAGGCAGAAGGUGGGUAGACCCGGCGCUCCAACAGUGCAGCGGCCGUUUGGCGUUGGCGUUGGCGUUGGCGCUGGCGCUGGCGCUGGCGUUGGCGUUGGCGUUGGCGUUCGGGAACGUUGGGACGCGGCACAGCCCGGUUAG